AUUGUGCGGAUAUUGAAGCAUUCCAUAUGUAUUUCAUCUUCCCACACAGAUCCGCCACAGAUUGGAGCGACAAUACUUUUGUUGCGAAGGCUACAGCGGAAUCGUGUGGAAUUCCGGGACCUGGAACAACUGCAAGCCUGUGUGUGGAUCCGAGUGCCCCGAAAACAGCAAAUGUACUUCCCCCAAUAGCUGUAGCUGCAACCAAGGCUACAGGGACAGUGGUGGAAUGUGCGAGCCCGUGUGCUCCAGCUGCGGCAAGCAUAGCCACUGCGCGGAUCCAGAGACAUGUGCUUGCAACGCCGGGUACUGGAAGCUGGAUGCCAAUAACGACUGCACGCCCAUAUGCAGUAUGGGCUGUGCCGCACACUCCUACUGCGCCGCACCGGAAUACUGUGAGUGCGAACCAGGCUAUGAGAAGACGGGCGAUCCAUCCUGCCAGCCCAUCUGCUCCGCUGGCUGUGGCAAGAACAGCGUCUGCGUGGCGCCAGAACAAUGCCAAUGCCAACUCGGGUACUCGAAAGCGGAGCUGGACGAGAGCUGCAGAGCCAUUUGUGAGCAGCCGAGCUGUGGCUCGAACAGCAGCUGCAUUAAGCCAAAUGUUUGUGAGUGCAAUGAAGGCUAUCAUAAUCCCAUCGAAAUAUCCCGCAUCAUUGUCUGCGAACCAGUGUGCCAGGAGGGGUGUCCUGCGAAUGCGCGUUGUGCACGACCCGAUGAAUGUCUCUGCGAUCCUGGCUACACCUUCCAUGCAGCCUCUUCCACGGGCAUUUUCCAGCACUGUGAGCCACACUGCUCCCGCCCCUGCUCUGUGAAUGGCAAAUGUGUGGCCCCUGAUCUCUGCGAAUGCCUGCCAGGCUACGAGCUUCGUCCUGAGCAGCCGGGACAUGUGUGCGAGCCGAAGUGCUCGCAGGACUGCACCAACGGCUUCUGCUCUGCCCCCGAACGUUGCAUUUGUCAUUCCGGCUACUCGAUGAGCCCCAACAGCACCUGCGACCCUCAAUGCACGAUGGGCUGCAGGCAUGGCACCUGCACCGAACCAGAGGUCUGCACCUGCGCCCCGGGCUACCAAAUGGGCCCCAAUUCCAUCAACAUAUGCGAGCCGGUGUGUGAGCCCAGCUGCGAGAAGGCCGACUGUUUGGCCCCCAACAUGUGCAUCUGCCAUCUGGGCUACGAGCCGCAGUUCGAUCAAGCAACCGAUCUGCCGGGUCACGUAUGCAAGCCCGCCUGCGAGCAGGAAUGUGUUAAUGCGACCUGCAGCGCCCCCAACCAUUGUAGCUGCCUGGAGGGGUAUGUGUACCAGGAUGAGCAGCGCAAGACGGUAUGUAAGCCCCACUGUCCAGCCUGUGAGUUCGGAGACUGCUUAGCCCCGGGCCACUGUGAAUGCUGGCCAGGCUUUGAGAGCGUUACUGGACAGCCAGGCUGUCAGCGUCUAAGCACGACAACCACAAUCCCCACCACCUGGGCAGACAUCGAAUCCACAAUCCCCACCACCUGGGCAGACAUCGAAUCCACGAUUCCCACCACCUGGGCAGAUAGCUCAUCCAUUGAUUCGAGCUCUGAGCUGCCCUUAGCGAGCACUGAGAGAGCAACUCGGACUCUACCGCCUGCGAUGCAAUGCAGCAGCAGCUGCAAGUGCUGGCACGAGUACGAUGAGCUGGGCAUUCUGGAUACACCCAAGUGCAUCAACAUCUGCAUGGAUGAUCAUGAUAAGCCCUGCUUGGACUUGACGCUGUGCCGUUGCGAUCAAUUCAGCAACCUUCUAGUUUGCAAUGAAAACAACGAGAGUUUCGCCGACUCUGCAGAGUCCUUGGAGACGCGCUACGUUUGCAAAGUGGCCGCUCCCAAGACUCUUACGACCACAACCACAACGACAACUGCCCCGCCUGCCGAAAAUAUCCUUAGAAACGCCGCCCUGGACUCUAAGGCGGCCACAAACAGAUGGCCACUCAUUGUGGGCUGCAUUGUUGCUGCUUGCACCUUGAUUGCGGCUGUGGCGCUCCUCACUCAUUUGUAUCUGAAGCGCCGGCGUCUCCAGGCAGAGGAGGAGGACGAUGUAGAUGCUCGACAAAUCAUUUAUUUAGCUAGGGAGGACCUGUAA